ACAACACUUGCUGUGCACUGGUUUGGGGACUCUGACCUCACUUUGACUGCCGAAAUAAGAGAUAAUAUCAGCCUUUUAACAAAUGUGACCAAAGUAAUUAAAAAAGAUUCCAUUGAAAUUGUCACUUUCCCAGGGAUAGCAAAAAUCACCAGUUUUAAUGUAUUUCAACUGUAUGUCAGUGGAUCUUCUCAGAAUACAUCAGUUUUCUCAGAAACAUUGAAUCUACCAAUGCAAACAAGAAAAUACAUAUUUAUCCAAACUGACAAAUUCAUGUACAAGCCUGAAGAGACUGUCAAGAUCCGAAUAAUUACAGUAAAUUAUGACCUAAAACCAAGUACACAAAAUGUGGACCUAAUUAUAAGGGAUCCUAGGUAUAAUAUUGUCCAGCAGCAUCUAAACAUGACCUCGGACUUGGGAGUCAUUUCAACUCAGUUUCAGCUGUCUAGCAGCCCUAUGUUGGGUCAAUGGAAUAUACAAGCUAAAAUAGAUGUAAUAUUUUCAACAAGCUCCAUAAAGACAUGGUUUGAUAAGGUUGGUGUGGAGGAGCUUCAGUGGUCCUCAAAGAGCCCUGACCUCCUUAUGAAACUCCAUACUAAUGCUCAUGGUUUUGGAAUAAGAUUUUCAACAAGCUCCAUGAAGACAUGGUUUGAUAAAGUUGGCGUGAGGGAGUUUGCUGAGAAUCAAAAUCUGACUAUAGCUUCAUUCUCCGUUGCCGAAAAUGUUUUUCGGAAGUUUGACGUAAAACUGGAUGCCCCGUCUUUCUUCAUCGAAUCAAUCAGGGAGAAUUUUACUGGUACAGUCAUUGCAAAAUAUCCCUAUGGCAAACCUGUAAGAGGCAAUCUAACAAUAUCAAUGAAGUCACUCUAUGCUGUAGUAUAUCCCGAAAGAAACAAAAUAUAUGUGGGUGUGCAAUGUUGGUUUAAGAUAUCAGGGUCCGUAAACUUCAGCUUUACACAUGAAGAAAUCCUUCAAUUAUCAUACUAUGGAGGAUUUAACAUAACAGCCACAGUUUAUGAAGAAUUUACAGCCUUAAACCUGCGGGUUGUUGAAAGUUUAGGAUCACUUGAAAUUUACAUCGCUGAUCGCAUGAAACCGAUUCAAGUACGAAGGAUUGACAGUAAAACCUUAACCAAAGAGGAAAGAGGAAAAAAUGUUUCUGUAAAGAUAACUCAGGGCACAGGGGCUUUGGUAAGCAGGGAAUUUGUAGGAACCACAGCAGUCGCUGUCGACUCUGAUAAUACCUUCUGGCGAAACUUUACCAUUUCCGAGUCUGGUAUUGUCAAUGUGGAAUUUCGUGUUCUGCAGUCAUUUCAAUGGAUACAACUGGAGGUUGAAUACCAGACCGCCUUUCAGCUAUUCUACUUUGAAAAACAGACAACAGUGGAUCCUUUUAUCCGGAUAAACAUAUCAGAAACAUCAUUAAAGGUUGGAACACCUUUUCAUCUACAAAUUAAUACGUAUCCAGAAGUUCAAGAGAUUUACUAUGUGGUUGUUGCAAAAGGAAUGGUAGUGGCUGCAGGCAAGAAUAAAACCACAUUUAGCCUCACUCCUGAACAUUCUUGGGCUCCCACUGCUCAGAUUGAGGUUUAUAAGCGCAAUGUGAACAGCAGCUUUGGUGAUAUACUUCAAACCACUCAGACGCUUAUGAUCAAAGGCGCACUAAAGAGCCAGGUGACUUUGUCAUGGAGCAAAAAUAGCGCUAAACCAUUAGAAAAUGUCACCCUGUCUGUCAGCGUGAAGGAAUCCCGCUCCUUGGUGGCACUGCGCAUUGUUGAAAAAAAAUCCACACUUCUUGAUGAUAUAAAUGAUUUAACUCCCAGCAAAGUCGAUAGUGGGCUCAGGUAUUUUCAGCCGUACAGCAGCCAAUGGCAGCUGAGCGGCGCUGCCGAGCCAAAGGCAUUUGCUUUGCAUUUGUUGACUGUGAACAGUUCUGAAAGAGUAGAAGAAAAUAUUCCAGAAAAUGGAAUACCUUCAUUCAUAGAAAGAGAAGAAGAAAAUAUUCCAGAAAAUGGAAUACCUUCAUUCAUAGAAAGAGAAGAAGAAAAUAUUCCAGAAAAUGGAAUACCUUCAUUCAUAGAAAGAGAAGAAGAAAAUAUUCCAGAAAAUGGAAUACCUUCAUUCAUAGAACCCCAAAGCAAGCCUGAGUUUAUAGAGACCUGGAUUUGGCUAGAAUCUAACAUAAGCUCGAGUUUAUUAAGAAAUCUUCUAGUAACUGUGCCAGACAAAAAUACGACUUGGGUGGCCACAGCAUUUGUUAUGUCUGAGGGACUUGGACUGGGAGUUACUGAUGCGCUUAUUGAGCUGUCUGUGGUGAAACCGCUUGUCAUGACACUUAAUAUGCCAAAUACGUUAACAAGAGGCGAACAGUUUAUCCUGGAAGUAAUGUUGUUGAAUUCCUUAAAAGAAGACUUGCAGGUUAUAAUCACAUUGGUGUCUAGCAAUUCAUUUGACAUAAUUGUACCUAAUAAUACCACAGGCUUUGUCACAGGAGAGCGCAAUGUGACAGUUCUCAGAGAGAAUGGAACGGUUGUUUUCUUUCCUAUACAACCAAAAGUACUGGGCAAUAUAGUAAUUCAUGUUACAGCUACUUCAAAAGCAGUGUCGGAAACUUUGAUCAGAAAUAUCGUAGUGAGGGCUGAAGGUGUGAAGAAUUAUUAUUCAGAGGCAGCACUUUUUGAAGUUCGUGGCAGUGGAAAUGCACCUGGCACAGUAUCAGUAAAGAGUUUCUCAUUCACUUUCCCUAGUGAUUUAGUACAAGGCAGUGAAGAGGCAUUCAUCACGGUAAUUGGAGAUCUUCUUGGGCCUUCAAUAAAUGGUCUUGAAUCACUUAUCGUUAUGCCGUAUGGCUGUGGAGAGCAAAACAUGAUUGUUUUUGCGCCAAAUAUUUAUGUUCUUAUUUAUUUAAAAGCAACUAAUCAGUUAAAGGGUGAUAUAAGGGAAAAAUCCAUACAAUUCAUGGAACAAGGUUAUGAAAGAGAGUUACUUUAUCGCCACAAUGAUGGCUCUUUCAGUGCCUUUGGAAAUUAUGAUGGGAUUGGAAGUACCUGGCUCACUUCUUUUGUAUUGAGAUGUUUCCUUCAAGCUCGGCCUUUUAUAUACAUAAGUCCAGAUGUCUUAAAUCAAGCAGUAGCCUUCCUAGUUCAGUAUCAGGAUAUUGACACUGGUAUAUUCUCUGAGCCCGGGCGAGUAAUACACAGAGAGCUCCAGGGUGGGCUUAACGGUCCAGUCACCCUCACUGCCUACAUACUAACCUCACUUUUAGAAGAUCAGGGUUACAAGAAUCGCUAUGCGUUCAAUGUGCAGAAAGCUGUACAAUAUUUAGAGGGCAAGUAUGACGAAGGAAUUUCCAGCAAUUACACCUUGUCAGUUGUUGCAUAUGCAUUAACACUGGCUAACAGCUCAAAAGCGAAACCUGCUCUAGACAAGCUAAACUCCAGGGCAACCAUUAUGUCUAAUGGAGGGAAAAAGUACUGGUCCGCACCUUCUACAUCAGCCAACAUAUACUGGCAGCCAAGGACAACAGAUAUUGAGACAGCAGCUUAUGCACUGCUCUCCUUCCAACGACAGAACAGAAUUGCAGAUGGUUUUCCUGUCAUGAAAUGGCUUAGCGAGCAGAGGAACCAGCUUGGGGGUUACGUCUCUACCCAGGACACAGUAAUGGCUCUCCAGGCUCUAUCCCAAUUUGCGGCAGCUCUCCCAUCGGGUCAAACAUCUCUCGUUGUAACUGUUACUGGAACAGGUUCAUUUGUAACAAAAACAUUCCAGGUCAACACCAACUUGCUAGAAUUACAAAGAAAACAGGUUGAAAUUUCCCAACCACUAUCAGUCACUGCCACUGCAGUUGGAAAUGGAUUGGCUGUUGCUCAGCUCAAUGUAGUGUAUAACACAAAGGCACCAUCACGGCGCAGGAGAAACACUGUGGUGGAAGCAUUCAAAUUAGAUCUGAAAGUGAAUGAAGAUGCAAGUAAUAUUCACAAACUGACAGUAGAUGUGAGCAUGAGUUACCUGGGAGAAGGUGAUGAGACUGGUAUGGUGCUUGUAGUAGUUAAUUACCUUAAUGGAUUCCAACUAAGUGCCAAAGUAAUUCCUACAACUAAAAUCCUUGCAAUGGUGGAACCUGAAGCUAAUAAAGUUAACCUCUAUUUACAUUCGCUAACCAGAGACACUGUUACUGUGUCUGUUCCAAUGGUCCGUUUUGCCAAUGUUGCUGGGAGCCAAGAUGCCGUGGUUACAAUUACUGAAUAUUACAACCCAAGAAACACUGUAACCCGAACAUAUAACUCUGCAACAAUGAAAAAGAUAUCAGUUUGUGAUUACUGUGGAUUUAACUGCACCCAGUGUAAAUCAAAUGUAGAAGUCAAAUCUCAGACCAACAGUGCCUACACUUACACACCUACGUUCUUUGUGCUGUGUAUUUCCAUGGUUCUCCUGUCUUAUCUUUUUUAG